CGUUUCAGGUUUAUCUGCAUUUUCUGUGGUCCAGUAAACAUAUAUAGUUUGCUGUAUUCUUCUUCCGUAGUGAAACCUUGCAAGUAUAAAUGUGUCUGCUUUUACUUUCUUAUGACAGUAAAAGAAGCGUUGAACUAGAAAGAGCAGUAUCACUACAGUCACAUAAAGAUGGCGGCAGUAGUUGUGCAGCAGGUUCCCUCUAAACCUCAGGAAACUCUCUGGAAUUCAGGAAUAUGUGACUGUUUCCAGGACUUAAACUCUUGCUGCUAUGCGUACUGGUGCUGUCCAUGUUUUGCCUGCUCCACUGCUGGUGAGUUUGGGGAGAGCACCUGUCUUCCUUUGGUGGACAUACUGGGACCUGCUGUCAUGGCCAGUUUUGGAGUUGCAUUUUGUGUGCCACCUGUGACUAUGUCAUUGAGGGUGGCAAUUCGACACAAAUAUAACAUCAGGGGCAGUAUCUGCAACGAUAUCGCCGUGUCUUGCUGCUGUGUUAUGUGCUCAUGGUGUCAGAUGAACAGAGAAAUUAAAGCACGCAAAAAUGCACCAAACAUGAUAUUGACCACACAACCGCUGGUUCAACAAUCAACCACCACAACACAAGUGAUCACUUCACAGCAGACGGUUGGAAUGCCGGCAGCUCCUGCAGUCCAGAUGGUGCCGGGUCAACCAGUUAUUGCCAAAGUUGUUCAAUAGAAAGUCAUACUCAGGUGUGCAUUACACGUAAAUAAUGUUGACACGUAAUCCCUUUUGAUCAAUAUUAUAAUAUCUAAUCAGCUUAAUUAGAAUAAAAGACGUAUAAAUUCCUUGGGUGAGUUUAAAUAAGAAAUGUCUUGGUAUUGUUUACUCUUUCUGAUUUUUCUAUGAUUGAGUCUGGUGAUCAGAAAUAUUUAAAAGAUUUAAUAUUCAAAUAAUAAAAAAAUACAUCUGAGUAAAUAUUAUAAUAGAAAUCUCCUCUCAUUGGGUGUUACAUGUCUUGUCUGUUUUUUCCUUGCUUAACGUGUCCAUGUUUAUGUUGUGUCUGAGCACAUGGCUUAUCCUGUGUUUGUGUCUGCCAUGUGCUCCUCUAUUCCUCCUUCCUUUUUUCCCAGCUGCCACGCCCCUUUGUUUAGCACUUAUCUAGUUCUUUUAAGUCUUAGUGUCUCCACCUGGUCCACAAGUUCUUUCCUCCCUUAUAUUGUGCUCUCUUCCCGCAUGUUUUGGCCUGUUCAUGGUUGCUUGUUUGAGUCUGUGCUUCUUUUUCAGUCUGUGUUUUGUGUUUGCUGUGCUUUGUUGUGUUUGUUCUUAUGCUUCUAGUGUCUCCCCUAUCCAGUUUAGCAUUUAUCUGGUAUCCUUGUUAAGUAGCUUAAGUGUUUGGUUUCUUUUAUUUGUUAAUUUCUUCCUUUUUUUCCUCUUAGCUUUGUAUUUCCUACAGUUUUAGUAUUACCUUUUUGUGUUUUGUUUUUUUAUAAAAAAAGAUUGUGUGUUUUGUUUUGUUCCCCCUGUCUGUUCUGUGUGCCUUGUCUCUGUUCUUUGUUUUUGUCCAACCCUGCCCACUGCUCAGUCUCCUACCCUUCCGGCAUUACUUGGAUUCUGGCUGCAUUAUCCGGGAUUCACCAGCACUACCCAAUACAUUCACCAUUGAACUGUUCUGCACCUAACCCCUAUUACAUUGUCACAUUUGUCAAUAAACAUCCUCUGCACUCAG